AUGGAGCUGACGAGGCCACGUGCGGGGCAACGCUUCUGGGUGUUGUUCGACCGCACGGAGGGCCUGUGGCACGAGCGUUUGUGCCUGCACGAGUACGGGACGGGCGUGAUCGUCGCCACCGCUGACGGGGACGUCUACGCUGAGGAGUUCACGGACUACGAGGACCUGGCCGUCUCUGGGUCCCAGGGCGGCGUGCCCCGCCGGCUGUACCCGAGGCGGCGCUACCACUUCGACCCAGGGGACCUGGAGGAGGACAGCCAGCUGCGCGUGGAUGCCGCUCGUCAGCUGGCCAGGCUGCUUGAGAGCGGCGAGUACCCAGCAGCGCCGAUCCCGCUCCUUGAUGCGGGGGACGGCGCUGCGCUGGCGACAGGCGGAGGAUCUGCUCCGCUGGACGUGGUGGGCGGCACUCCCAUGCCGCGUAGCCCUAUGCCUAAGGAGCUCGACGAUGCACCCCGCGGGACGACCUGGUACCUGCUCACCGACGCGUUCGGUCAGCGGAUGCACGAGCAGGUGACGGUCGGGUUGAACGAUCGGUGCGUCACCGACGGACGCUCGGGACUCCUCAUUCGCAAUGGGGGGACCGUGCCUGCGUCGGCGCAGCUGCCGCCUAGUGCCGGAGACGACGACGUGAGGACGUUGCCGGCACAGUACAACCCGCGCGGGGAGAGGACACGUUCGUUCCUGAGCGCGCGGGGUGCCUUCACGGAGGAGACCUUCGAUGACUUUCCUGUCCGCGGCCCGCGGACGAUAGGCUGGCUCAUGGAGGCGUUCCACAAGGGUGGCCAGAGCCCGGUGCUUUUCGAGCUCGGCGGACAGUGCGACCACCUGAAUCUGCCGAACAGCGCCGCCUUCGAGGCGAUCUCCCGUCGCUGUCAGCUGUGGGAGGAGCGCUACGCCGAGAAGCUGAAGCAGGUGACUGAGGGGCCCGGAGCUGCCGCUGGAGCGGCCGCUGAGAGGUACCCCUUCCUCGGGGUCACGUCGGGCAGCACAGCCCUGGCCUCGCCCAGCCUGGCCGAGUACGUGGCAGAGAAGAUGGGGCAGGAGUGCAAGAUCUUGAAGGAGCGCCGCAAGGUCUUCUCAGCAGCUUACACCUUUAGCACGCAUUUUCGGGACCGACCCGCAUGGGUCUGGAGCUCGGUCAGGCACGAGUGCUGGCUAGCAUGGGCUCUCCUCCCCACGGCUGUUGCUCGGCUGGACAUCCCGUGGAGUUCGGAGGUGACCUCUGUGGACGCGUCGCUACACGGGUUCGGUGUCACGGCGUGCCAGUUCGAGUCUACCAGUGUUGGCAAGGUUGGCCGUGUCAGUGAACGUUGUCGAUUCCGAGGAGAGCUUCGCAAGUGUGCUAGGCCGCGCGACGUCUUGGAAGACAUUGAGGUGCCCUUCUCUUUCCUCGCCCGUGGGUCUGAUCACGACUUCUUGGGGACUGGAGCCCAGACGGAGUUCCCCGAAGUUCCCGAGUGGUUUGCCAAGGACUCCCCCUGGUGCGUCAUUGCGGCAAGGAGGUGGAGGAGGAAGGAGAAGAUCCUGAACCUGGAGGUGGAGGCGGCCCUGUGGGCUGCUCGGCGUAUCAGUCGUGACAGGCGUCUAGGGGACCAUCGGCACCUCAUCCUCAGCGACUCGAUGGCCUGGGUUUGUGCAGCCACCAAAGGGAGAGGGAGCCUCUGGAUUCUUCUUCGUCGGUGUCGUGAGCUGUGUGCGCUCGCUAUUGCCUCUGGAUGUCGCUUCGUGUAUCGCUGGAUUCCUUCCGAGUGGAAUAGCGCAGAUGCCCCGAGCCGAAGGUACGACCAUGCCAGCGAGCACCAUGCUAAGUACUUCUAUGUCAGCAACCCUGGUGGCUCGGAUCGUCCGGCGAGCCGCGGCGGGCCCGCUCCUCUUUCUGCGGCCGUGGAGGCGGUCAUCGGCGAUGGAGUUCCGCACCCUGCGGGCCUCCGACGCCUCGCGGCUGCGGUCCCGUUCGCCUACGGCCUGCCGGGGCUCUGGGAAGCUGCGCACGGCGGUGAGGCUGGACACGGCGCAGCUGCCGACGACGUCGGUUGCGACACUUGCUCGAGUGUCUGCCCGCCUCGCGGCCGCUCCCACCGCCAGCCCGCCCGUGGCUCACCGCCACCUGGGGCCAGGGCCGGCGGGGAGCGCCGCGGCGCGCCCUGCGCGCCGGGUGGGCAACGCUCAGAGACAGCAGGUGCGGCGGGGGAUGCGCCAGUCGCCCUCGACCCUGAUCGGAAGCGCGGGGCGGGCAGCCACUCGGCUGGCGGAGCUCGGCUUCCGAGUGUCGGCACUGGGAGCGGCGUCGGUGACCCCAGCGACACAGGACAAGUACCUGACGCACCUGAGAUGCUGCUGAGACGGCUGAUGCUGAGGAGGGCGCCCACGCUCGACAAGGACGAGUGGGAUGUGCUCCUGACGAGCUACAUCGAGCACCUGUACGACUCGGGGGCGACCGAGAACGCCGGCGGGACGACGCUGGCGGCUCUGGCCAUCGCGAUCGCCCUCGACCUGUGCGACUGCGGCUUGCCGAGCCCGGGGUUCUUCGCCAUGCUGGUCUUCGAGACGUGCAUGCGCCCCAGCGAGGCCCUGGCUCUCCAGCGCUUCCAGCUCGUCCCACCGGCGGGAGACGGGAUGCCGGGGACAAAAGGGCGCUGGGCCGUGCUCAUCCGUGCCCUCGAGCUCGGCAGGCCUGGCAAGACAGACGACUUCGACGGCAGCGUGAGUCUCGAUCUGCCACGACACCAGCUGCUGGUGCCAGGGCUGGAGGAGAUCUUCAGCCGUCGCGGGGAGCGCGACCCAGUGUUUCUCUUCGACUACCGGUCCAAGGCGGCCGUAGUGGCGACGGCCCGGCGUCACGAGCAAGAGCGCGACGCCAGAAUCGGCCACUGCAAAGUCUUCCUCGACAUCUUCGCGGGCACUGGUCCUGUCGGCAGGUUUCUGAGAGAGCGCGGUCACGGAGUCAUCUUUUUUGAGAAGAAGCUGGGCCCCAUCAGGCGGACGCAGGUCUUUGCUACGGUCACGGGGUGGCUCCGCGCGGGCAGAGCGCGGGGCUUUUGGGUGGCAGCGCCUUGCGUCACCGCGACGCGAGCUCGCCAGAACGGUGCUGCAGGCAUGCCGCCUCCUCUCCGAUCUAACGAGCAUCUUCGUGGGCUGCUGGGACUUGGCGAGCGCCUCAAAUAA